AUGCAUCUUGACGAGGUCGACGGAACCUUGAUUCCUCCCAUUAAUCGUCUACCCACCGAGGUUCUGGGGUCUAUCUUCCUCGCCACACUUCCCGCCCGCAAGAAACCUACGAUAUCUACGACAGAAGUUCCCCUUCUAUUAACUGACGUGUGCAACCAUUGGCGCGCUGUGGCGAGGGCAACCUCGCAGCUUUGGUCAGAGAUCGAGUUCUAUCUCUCUGACAGAGGACUACCCUGGAACACGAAGUACACUCCCGAUGCGAGAGGAAUUGUAGAGGAGAAGGUGCGAGCGUUCACCCGAUGGAUGGACUAUGCUGGGCCUACCUCUCUCUUUUUCGGACUGUGGUUCGAACACGAGGUGCUGGACGAUGUCUUUCUCCCGAUGCUCUACUCUGUUUUCUCCCCUCGCAACGUGGCCAAGAUCAGAACUUUGGAAACGGCGUGCAUCUCCGAGCGCAUGGAACGAUAUGUGUACGGAAUACCGCCCGAGAGCCUCCAUUCCUUGACUAAGCUCGUCAUGACUUGGGACAAUAUCUACGGAGUGGCUGAGAUGCAAGAUGGAGAAGAUCGUGCCCACUACCACCAUUCCGACAGAGACCGACUUUUCGCAGCACCGUCCCUCACCUCCAUCGACCUCAACUGCUGGUCCGCAUUCCCCUCACACCCCACCUUGCUCGACCUCCCUGUCAGGAAUUGGGCAAAUAUUACCGAGCUACGCAUCAGAGCGUCAGGUCCUGUUCUUGCGAAGACAGUCUGUGAUGUUGAACAACUCGUCUCCGUCCUCGAGAAGUGCGCUUCCUCCCUUCGCACCCCGCACCCUGGAACUUUCCUCUACACCCGACGCUCUGGACUCUGA